AUGCCUCGAGGUCGAAAACGCUCCGUUGUUGAUGCAUUUAAAAUUAAGCAUAAAUCGGAUAGUUUCGAUGGUUAUCGGCGUAUUUCAAGUGAUAUACGAAACGCUUUAUUAAAUGAUACUCAAUGGAAUUUCAAUAUUUUAAAUUUGGAAAGAAUUUCCGAAAAUCAUGCACUUUCACAUUUAGGCACAAAGAUAUUCGAACGUUGGAAGAUUCAUGAAACAUUGAAAUGUUCGAUGGAUUUAAUUACUCGUUGGUUUGAUGAGAUUGAAGUUCAUUAUCAUGCAGUAAAUCCAUAUCAUAAUGCUACACAUGCAGCCGAUGUUUUACAGGCUACGUCAUUUUUUCUUGAUUGUCCUACCGUUGCUCAUUAUGUACAGGAAACGCAUGCUACUGCACUUUUAAUAGCUGCCGCUGUUCAUGAUUUAGAUCAUCCCGGACGUGGUAAUGCUUUUUUAAUAAAUACUCAACAACCGUUGGCAUUGUUAUACAACGAUCAAUCAGUACUGGAAAAUCAUCACAUCGCAUUAGCAUUUCAACUUACCUUACAAAGUACCAAUAAUAUUAAUAUAUUUGCUGGACUUACACGGGAAGAAUUUGCAGCAUUACGACAAGCUACUGUUGAAAUGGUUUUAGCUACCGAUAUGAGUCGACAUUUCGAAUAUUUAACAAAAUUUCAACAAGUUGUUUCAAAUUUAAAGGAUAAUGAAGAAAAUGAGAAUAAUGUAUCGUUGACGAUAUGUCGAAUGCUAAUUAAAUGUGCGGAUAUCGCAAAUCCGACAAGGGAAUGGGAAUUAUGCGAAAAAUGGGCAAUGCGUAUUGUGGAAGAAUAUUUUGAUCAG